AUGAAUAAAAAAGACUCUUUGAUAACAUAAUACUCUAUGAAUGUCGAACUAAAUUAAAAAAAGUUAUAAAAUAAUGAAAAUUAAGCUGAUCUUUCUUCUGUAUAAAAGAAGAUUCGCAAGAGAAAGAAUAAAAACAAUGACCACCUUCUCGUUCGCAAGAAGGAAUAUUAAUUAAAGCCUAUAAUGAUGUGUAUGCCAUAGUAGUAUCAAUACCAUCUUUUCAAUGAUAUUGUGAUAGAUUUUGAUUUGAUUCGUGAUGCUUAAUCUGAAUAAUCAUUCAAUAGAGGUCUUCUAUGGCACUCUUUCAAGUCAAUUUCCUAAGUAAAUAUCUUGAAUGAUGGAUCUAUGAUGGAGUGGAUUUAAGAAAACUUAAAUUAACCUAUUCUCAGCGCUAAUUCAAUGAUUUACAUGCUUCAAUCUAUCAGCUCUCAGACUGCUUACAGGUUAGCAGCUGACUUGAAUAUAGUCAACGAUUACAGAAAUUUACUAACAAGAUACCUCUGUUAAAUGAACCCUCAGUAGAGAAUUGAUUUAUUUUAGAAGCGUCGCGAAUUUUCUGUUUAAAAAUCCCAUCAAUAUGUCAAGAAUAUAAGUCGUAAUUCUAUCAGUAUUUUCUAUGAGUAUUUAUAUAAUGAUAAAUAGUAAACUCAUGAGUAUCGCCGUAUGGGUUUUAGUAAAAAAUUACUCUCUUUAGUAGGCAUAGACAUAAAGGAUGCUCCUGGAAUCUUACUGCGUAGAGGAUUCAUCGAUAUUUGUAGUAAAUAACUUCAAGCUUUGUAUAUAUUGAAGAGAAAUGUUCUCCCCCAGUUUAGUCGCACUAUGCCAGAAAUUACUGAAUUCUAAGUAGAAGGAGAACAUCAUACUUUAGAAGGAAUCCCUUUCAAAUGCAAAAUGCAUGUAAGAGUUUACAACACAACUCAUCAAUACGAUCAUUAAUACUGCCUAGAACUUCCUAUUAAGCCAGAUACUCUCACCGAAAUCAGUAUAGAAGUACCAGAAGAAGAACUAAGAAAGAUAUAUGAAAUUAGACACAAUAUGAACAUCCUAACUAAAUAUUCACUUGAUGAUUUUGUGAAUGGAGAAUUUUAGUACUUAGUUUAAGUUGAAAAUUUCCUUGAAAAGUAUUACAGCUCUCCAUACUCUUACAGAAAAAGCAAUAGAACUAAAAAUAUCUAAAAUGACUCAACUAUGAGUUAACAUGUAAUAAUUAAUAGCAACGAACAUAAUACUAUUUUAGACAAUGAUUCUUCUUGCAGUAUCGAAAAUAUUGUAGAAAACCAAUAAAAUCAAUCAAAUAACUCUAACUCACUACAAUUUUUUGAUAGUAAAAAUCCUACAUAAAAAAAUAUUCAAAAGUCAAUGAUCCACCCAUCAAUUAAAGACAUUAAACUGCAAUAAAACCCCAAUUACCUUGAAGCAUACUGCCCUGACCGUGAAAAAAUUUAUUCUAGCGAAAUAAAUUUUGCCACCGUAGAUAACUUCAUAAAUGAGUAUAAAUACAACCAAUACGAAUCAAGAAUGUUCUCAUCAGAAAUUCUCAAUCUUGGAAGUUACUGA